AUGAGUGUUUUGUCGUAUAAGCAUACUCCGGAGGAUUUGCGGAGGGGGUUAAAGGAGAGUUUGCAGGCGUUGGGGACGGAGAAGAUUGAUAUGUGGUAUGUGACUCUCCGGGAAGUCAACGAGCUUUAUAAGGAAGGCUACUUUACUCGUCUCGGAAUAAGUAACUACAUGUCUUGGGAGGGAAUUUACUCGGCUAUCCACCAUGUCAUUGAGCCUGAGCUAUUUCCUUGUCUUCGGUACUGUAAUAUCGCCCUUUAUUCGUUCCAGCCCUUGGCUGGGGGCGUUUUGACGUCGCGCUAUCGGAGGGAUAUGUCUGAUGAAGAGCACGAGCCGGGGUCGCGGUUUGAUCCGAAGAGAUGGCAGGGGAACUUACAUCGGGGACGCUAUUGGAAUAAUGGGAUGAAGAAGGAGAAGGGAGAUGCCGUUAUUGUUGGGGCUAGUAGUGCUGCGCAGUUAGAGCAGAACCUCACGGAUAUGGAGAAGGGACCGUUGCCGGAGGAAAUGGUGGAGGCGCUGGAUGUUGCUUGGUUACGGGUUAAGGGAGUGGUUCCGAAGUAUUUCCAUUAG